GGUCGCAAUUAUGGCUUCCUGAAUGUCGAGAAAAUGUUAAUCACCUUUACAAUUUGUUGCAUUUUUGUGUGAUUGUUCAAGAAUACCAUUUAAAUUAGGACACCAAAAAGGCAUACUGGUGUGGCACAUGUGUUCUUGAAAUAUCUGCUAUGUGAUUUAACGCGCUGGACCAUUUGUGUAUUGUUGAAUGUUUCUGAUGGUUUGGGGUUCAUAUUCCUGUCCAGAUUUGGCAGAUCGCCUUGGGCCAAAUAUUGUUUGAGUGAUAUUCUGUGUAAAGAUCUCGACAAUGAUGUUCUGUUGGAACUGUAGAUGUGGCGCAAAUAUCCUCGUGAGGACAAUCCACACGGCACUUUGCGUUGGAGUGCCAGUCACGCUCCUGGUCAAAGAUACAAUUUUGAGUCGGGCGGUGAUACAGACACAGGACUUACUGUAUGGUAUUGCUUAUCUCCUCUUGAUGUCACUCUCCAUCAUCUUCUAUUACCUUGCCUGCUUCAUCGACCCAGGAUAUCUGCCGCUCAAAAAGAAGAAAGCAUCAGUCAAUAACAAUUCUGAAGAUGAAGGCUCUGAUGAAGACAGCAGCAUGCUGAAGAAUGGAGAUAAAGAUGUCAAAUACCGCAUGUGUGACUACUGUGAAAUACAGCAACCAAUGAGAGCCAAGCACUGUGAGGACUGCAAGCGGUGUGUGAGGAAGUAUGAUCACCACUGUCCGUGGCUGGAGGCAUGUGUCGGGGAGCGCAACCACAAGUUCUUCCUGUUGUUUCUCCUGGCCACGGCCAUGUUGGUGUUGUGGACGUUCUACAUUGCCUGGAAUGCCAUCGUGUUCCGCCUGGACUGGUCAGAGUGGUUCAAAGCCAACUUCCUCUUCUUCAUCGACAUCAUCAUCCUGAUCUUCGGAGGGUUCGUCGUCGUGGGUCUCCUGUGCUUCCACUCCUACCUGAUGGUCAAGGGGAUGACCACAUGGGAAGCUGCGUCCCGGGAGAGGAUCACAUAUCUGAAAUAUCUUGAUGAUGACUAUAAUCCAUUUGACGAGGGUGUGUGCAAAAAUAUGUACUACUUCCUGUGCGUGUGCAAGGUGCGGAAGUGGGAGAGUGUGUAUUCCAAGAAAGCCGAUGUCAAUGGAAAUGGAGGUAUUGUGUGAAUGUCGAGAUGACUGAAAUAUUUCGUCACGUUAAGCUUAGAUAAUUCCAGAUAAGCCUAACACCAGUCUAAGUAAACUUAGGCUCAGUAUUAUUCAUUACACUGCUAUACUGAGUCUAACAAACCAUAGUAGAAGGUCACGUCAGCUAACCUUUUGAAUUGACCAAUCAGAACACAGCUGACCAAAUCGCGAAAGUUAACAUUCGCACAUACCGUUUGAACUUUUACCUCGAAAAUGUUUGUACCCGAAUCAUUCCGAAUACUAUUUUCUGCACGAUCGCUUCCGAGUGAUAUACAUGGCAGUGAGUAAACAGUCGCUGAAAAUAGGUGUUUUGUCAAUAUUCCGUGUGGAAAUAUAAGCUAAUAGUAACCAUAUCAUCAGAAACCCCUAAGCAGGUCAAAUAUCUGUGUUUUAUGCAGAUUUUCGUUUGUUGAGAGAUCACAGUGUCGGCGACCUGGGAAGAGCAAAUCCAAAACAUUUUGUCCCACCAAACCCUAAAUACUAGUAGUAGCCGUUGUCUGAUUGUUUAAAUCCGUUCUGCUGUCUCACGUUUGACUGGAUGGUUAUAGAUCGCUUAAAGGUUACUACUGGGGUUUGUUAGACUCAGUAAAUAGCAGUGUAACGAAUAACACUGAGCCUAUGUUUACUUAGACUGGCCUAUCAGUGUUCCAAAUUAAUGGGGUUCCUAGAAUUUUUAACCAUAAGUAUUUGAAUCCCCAAAUCUUUGACAUUCAACACUAUGGUUUUGAUAAGGAUCCUUUGACUUUCGUACGUAAUUAUAAACAUUGCUAUCUCAUUAUGUGGUUCUGCAGAUCAUAAAAAUAAUGAUUCAAAUGACAGGAUUGCAUUUGAUAAACUGACACAUUGCCCAAUACUUUACAUAUCUCAAAGACGCUUUAAAAAAUUUGUACGGGAACCACUCUUGAAAAGUGUCUUCCAAUUUAUUAAGCUCAGCUCAAAUAUAUCACAUAUCAACACUAUUAAAGUUAACUAGAAAUAAUUACAAGAAGCAAGUUUGAACUGAUGUCUCAAAACAUGUUGCACAAUAUUUCUAGGGCACAUAGAGUUUCACAUCUGGCACCAUUUUGUAUUGUGUUCAGAAACAUUUGUCCACCUGUUGAAAGUUCAACACAACCAAACCUCUACAGGGGCUCGACAAACAAAAACUUACAUGUCGCUAGAUCGUUGUCAAUGUUGUCUCUAUACAUUUGUAGUUAAUCUCCCAUUGCAUAACAUGAAUAUGGUUUUCAGCUACAUCAUCUGGGAACACCAGAAGUAUGCUUCAUACAUUUCACCCUUGUGGGGAAUCAAACCCAGGUGUUUGGCAUGAUGAGCGAACACUUAACCAGUAGACUACCCCACGUCCCCUGUGUGACGUGUACAUUGGGAGAGUCAGGGCUCCAGAUAUUUUUUCAUGAUCAGGAGUACGUACUCCUUAUUUUUUCAAUGUAGGAGUACUGGAAAAC